ACAAACACAUCCUCCAUUCAGUCGUUUCGUCAGCCUGAAGGAAAGGUAUCUUUUGUUCUACCUAAGCACACGAGGCAGUCUGUUACGAAAAAAGCAUCGAUGAAGAAGUUUGAGACUCUUUUAAUUCAUGAAGGCAAGGAUAAUGAGUUUGGAGUCCAUAACUCAAGGGGGAGAGAUGAUUUAAAAGCUGAUGCGUCUCUGUUGCAAGAAAGUCAAUGUGUUUAUGAAAGACAGAAUCGGAAGAGACGAUAUAAAUCUAAAAGUAAUGGAAGUAGAAUUCCUAUUUGUAGUCCACAAAAAAGGAAGGGGAAGGGUUCAUAUGUAAUCAAAGAAAAAUAUAAUUUCCUUAGAGGAAGAAGUUACCCAAAGAAAUUCCAGCAGGUUGAUGGUAAUAUUGAGUCACAGCCCAGUGACAACCAAAAGGCAUUUGAUGCUCUACCAAAACAUGAUGAAGUUAGUAAACACAAUCGUGGUCCUCUGCGCUUUUCUGGUUAUGACAAAAAGGUCAGGCUUAAAGAUAUGGUAUCUCGUCCUCAAAAGCGAAGGAGGAGGAGGUACAACAGUUUCCAUCAAAGUGACACUAGAUGUGCAGCCUGUCGUUAUGAAGGAAUGCUUAUUAUUUGCGUUUCCUGUCGUUCCUCAUAUCAUUGGAGUUGCGUAGGCCUUGAGGAUGUUCCAAAUGGAGACUGGUUUUGUCCAUUUUGUCAAUGUGGGAUUUGUGGCUUGAGAGGUUCUGGCACCAGUGAUCGGUCCUUCAGCAGCAGUUGUUAUCAAUGCACAAGACAAUAUCAUGUGGAUUGUCUGAGUAAAAGAGAAUUGCCAAUCUCUGGAAGUCCACCAAAGAACUUUUGCAGCCAAAAUUGUUUUCAGAUAUUUGAUCAUCUUCAUCAAAUUCUUGGCAAAUCAAAUCCAACCAGCAUUGAAGGCUUAUCCUGGACUAUGUUGAGACGAGGGAUAAAUGAUAUUCACUUUGGAGAGGCAAUGCUAAAGAUUGAUCUUCGUGUUAAGCUAUCCCAUGCCCGGAACAUCAUGCAGGAGUGCUUUCAUCCUAUCAUUGAUCCUCGUUCUAAAAGGAAUAUUGUUGUAGAUGUUCUUUCUAAUAGAGUAUCAAAAUUCAAAAGGUUGGACUUCCAUGGAUUCUAUACCAUGUUUUUGCAAAUUGGAGAUGAAGUGACAUGCGUGGCCACUGUGAGGGUCCACGGACCAACCGUUGCUGAGAUGCCUCUAAUUUGUACCGGUUUUAAGUACCGGCAGCAGGGAAUGAGCCAUGUUCUUGUUAAUGAACUAGAGAAGAUGCUCACUCAAUUAGGGGUAGAAAGACUAGUUUUGCCAUCCAUUCCUCAGCAAAGUCAAACAUGGAAGAAUUCCUUCGGGUUUACAGAGAUGUCACAUGAAGAAAGAUUAGAGCUCUUGGGUUUUCCCCUUCUGGUCUUUCAAGGAACAACAUUGUACCAAAAAUUCCUUACCAAAUCUAUUGCAAUAAAGAACUCAAAAUGUUUUGCUGGAAUAUCGAAAAACUCAGGAAUGGUUUCUGGAUUUCAGCAGGAAAAGGAUAAUCAAGUUGGAAAUUGCAAAUAUACCUUUUAUCGCUUCUAUUACAAGCGUAAGCAGAGGAAUAAGAUUAUUGGGAAAGUGAACAUGGUUGAGAACUGCAAUAGAACAAAGGAUGCAUGCAAGUAUGUAUACAAGCGACGAAGGAUACUGGCUCACGAAGGUUCGAGUAUUGAUCGGUAGUUAAUGCUAACAUAGACAAAGAUUGGCCA